UAGUCUGGGAUUUUCCCACGCGGCCUCCAGCGGACCGGGCCUGCCGAGCCAGUUCUGGGAGGCAGCGGUGACUUUCACUGAAAAGGAGGGGGCAUCGUUCCGAAAGACCCACCAGCAGCAGUUUAGCUGGGAGGCCAAGCAAGAGAAUAAAGAGGACUCCAUUACAAUGGGAGAUGAUGGGCAGGAAAGUGACAAUAAGGGGGAACCUUGUGCAGUAUCAGAAGAAAAAGCUGAGGAUCCAGAGAUGCAAGGGGAAUCUGAAAAUUGCUCAGAGGCACAGAAUCCGCAGAAUAAAUCCAGCGACUAUCAUGGUGGGGGGUCUCUUGCCAUCCCAAUCCAACAUGAAGAAAGCCAUGGAGAGAGAGAGCAUAAGUGCCCUGUGUGUGGAAGCAGCUUCAGUAGUGAAUUAAACCUUGAGGGACAUCAACGAACACACACAGGGGAGAAGCCGUAUACAUGCCUGGAGUGUGGAAAAAGCUUCAAUUGGAGCACCAACCUUGUCAGACAUCAAAUCAUUCAUCGAGGGGAGAAACCGUACAAAUGCACAGAGUGUUGGAAGAGCUUCAACUGGAGCACUCACCUUAUAAGACAUCAGAGAAUCCACACAGGUGAAAAACCCUACAUCUGCCUUGAGUGUGGAAGGAGCUUCAGUUCGAGCACAAGCCUCGCGUACCAUCAAAAAAUCCACUCCGGGGAGAAACCGUAUAAGUGCUCAGAAUGUAGCAUGAGCUUUUGCAUUAAAUCAAGCCUUAUGAGACAUCAGAGAAUCCACACAGGGGAGAAGCCCUAUAUGUGCUUCGAGUGUGGAAUGCGCUUUACCGCAAAGUCGGACCUAACUUUACAUCAAAGAAUCCACACAGGAGAAAAGCCAUAUAAAUGCUCGGAGUGUGGGAAGAGAUUUGGCCGGAGAAUAAACCUCACUUCGCAUCAGAGAAUCCACACAGGGGAGAAGCCAUACAACUGCUCCGAGUGCGGCAGAAGCUUUCGGAAUACAUCCCACCUUCAAAGACACCGGAGGAUCCACACAGGAGAGAAACCGUAUAAAUGCCUGGCAUGUGGAAAGCAGUUCAGUCGGUGCGAGCAACUUUCUUCCCAUCAAAGAAUUCAUGUAAGGGAGAACCCAUAAGAGAGCCUGGGAUGUGGAAAGACCUUCAGGCAAAACAUAAUCCUUAGGUCAUAUCAAAUAAUGUGCUCAAGUUAUAUAGAUCAUAUAAAUGAGUUGCAAAAAGAAGCUGUAUUCUCCUAUAGCAAAAUUCCUGUGACAUAGAAUCAUAGAGUUGGAAGGGGCCUACAAGGCCAUCGAGUCCAACCCCCUGCUCAAUGCAGGAAUCAAUGUACAUGGGGAUUCCCUGGUAGUCACCCCCCUUCCAGAAACUGACCAGGCCUAGACCUGCUUAGCUUCAUUAAGGUUGCAGCAUCCCAUGCUAUCACACCAGAUAAGCAUCUUAAACACAAAACGGAUUUAUUGUGGCAAGAUAUUCCCUCAGGUGUAUUUGAUGAAGGAGUGUCUUGUCUUACCCCACACUGCAUGCUGGUCAAUCCCAGUACUGGCACCUUCAUCCAGGUUUUUGUUAAAGUUGCAAAGGACAGCAACACAGGUGUUAAGCGAUGUCAGGAUAUUGCUCCAUUCAUGCUCCUGUAGGUGUAUCAGUCUAGCUCCCAACAGGAAGGUGUGUUGGUUUAUAAAGCACCAUCCAGGUAUCUGAUGCCUUGGAGUUACAUAGGCAAAAAGAGACAAGUCCUUGCCCGCAAGGAGAUUACCGUUUAAAAGAGACAACAGGUAAAACAGCGGGAGGAGAGGGACGGAUACGUUGUGUGGACAAAUGUUCUGUGGAUUGUGUGUACUGUUCAGUAAGACCCCAAUCCAGGAUAUGCAAGAACAGGUCUAGAGAAGUGGGUAGCAUGAACAGAUGUAAGGGAGGAAGGCAGGCCUCGUAGAUCUUUCACUAUGGGAAAGAAAUGGGAAUAUUGCAGGGUUUUAUCCUCCUGGACGUGGGGCUCAGAGGAUGCUAGAGAGCCAGUCCUUUGCCAUUGCAUGUUAGAAAGCUCCCAGAUCUGCCAUGCUCCGUCUGUCUGGGCGGUUCAUUGCUUAGGAAGGCUAAUAGGCUACCCCUCUGUACCAGGCUCACUGCCUGGCUGCCUGCCUGCCUUUCUGUCUGCCUUCUCCAGGAACUUGUCAGCAUUUCGAGCUAAAGGAUGACGACAAUAAAUAAAUGAGCAGGAGUUCUGGGAUGGCACAAUAUACUUCUGGCUGUUUUGAUUAUUGUUGUGAAUGGGCUUAUUACUAUGCUUUUGCCUGCCCCAACUGCUGGGUGAUCAGAAGCUUAACAAUACCUGACGUAACACCUCUCCCGACCUGAACCUACCUGUACACUAUGCUCAACAUCUAAGGUCCUCCUCUGAGUGCCUACUCCGAGGGAAGCUCGGAGGAUGGCAACAAAGGAGAGGGCCUUUUCAGUGGUGGCCCCCCCAAUUGUGGAAUGAUCUCCCUAACGAAGCUCGCUUGGCGCCAACAUUGUUAUCUUUUCAGCGCCAAGUCAUGACUUUUCUCUUCUGCCAGGCAAUUAACAACAUAUGCUGAGGUUUUUUUUAAAAAAAACUGACCCCAGAAUAGUUGUUUUAAAUGCAUACAGUUGUUUUUAUGCUUUUGAUGGUUUUAAAUUUUUGUAUAUUUGUUUUUAACGUUCACUGUUUUUAACUUUUGUAAACCGCCCAGAGAGCUUCGGCUAUGGGGCGGUAUAUAAAUGCAAUAAAUAAAUAUAAAUAAACAAAAGGGAUAAAUGUUCCUUGGUGGCUCUAGCCUUUGGAAUGUGACACCCGUCAGAUACGAGAGAGGACAAGAGAGACAAGGGGUAGAAAUUUUCGCAGUUAUGAAUUGGGUCACCAGUAGAAGCCGUAGUAUUUCGCUGGAGUUGACCCAAGAGUGAAGCGUCAUUCAGUGAUGUUCCUCUCUUUGGGAACCAAAUACAUGGUUAGUGGUUGUGCUACUUGUUCCUUAAAGCCUUGAUUCUCCUAUGUUCCCCUCUGUAUUUUGUAAAUAAACCAAUAUUUUAGUGACACCACAGGCCUCCAGGUCCCGCUUGUUCAAAGGAAACAUAGCCCUGCUUAGGCCUUUAAAUUAAUUUAAAGCUUAGGCCUGGAGGAUCCACCAUGGCUACUAGCCGUAAUGGCUAUAUAUUCCCUCCGCUUUCUGGAGGACAUAAGCAGUGGGGUGCUAUUACACCCAUGCUGUGCCUGUGUGCUUUCCAGAAACAUCUGCUUCACUUGGCCAUUGUCAGAACAGAAUGCUGUCCCAAAGAGGCCGUUCAUCCCACCUCGCAUGGCUCUUCUCAUGCUCUAGAUUUAAUUCAAAGUAUGAUUAAAAAAGAAAGAAAACACGUAGGGCUCGUAAUUUCUUGCUGUGCUUGGAUUUAUUGCUUUUAUUGUACUUUUAUUGCAAUGUGAUUCUGCCCAGGGGGAUCUGUUAUAGGGGGCAGCAUAUAAAUACUGUAAAUAAAGUAUUGUAACUUUUGAAUGAAUCAAUAAAAAAUCUCAAAAAGCCCGUCUAGGGCAAGUCCUAGACAUUCACCCUGGACUGGGAAGUGUUAAAUGUUA